CGCCGGCUCAGUCUGCUGACACACCCGGAGGACAGUGCACGUCAUCGGACUCUCAUGUGGAUACACAGCCGGCUCACGCGCUCCUCCAUGGGGAGACUGUAGUGGGACCUGCACGCGACCUGCACGCGAGCUGCACGCGACCUGCACGCGACCCUCUUCACAUGAGCACAGAGCGGCACUGAAGGACCUUGGGAGAGCCCGGAGAACGAGCCCCUGCGUGCCCGGCGGAUGAGCCUCGUUCAUGCCACGCCCACAUCGCCAUGAACUGUGAGCAGGACUUUGCGGACGGGGGCUUGGGGGUGACCCUCACACUCCGGCUGCUCAUGCACGGAAAGGAGGUCGGCAGCAUCAUAGGAAAGAAAGGAGAGACGGUGAAGCGAAUACGAGAAGAGAGCAGCGCUCGGGUCAACAUCUCCGAGGGCUCCUGUCCAGAGAGGAUCAUCACCAUCACCGGCUCCACGGACUGCGUCUUCAGAGCCUUCACAAUGAUCACCUACAAGCUGGAGGAGGACCUGACUGCCCUGGUGGCCAACGGCACCAUCAGCUCCAAACCGCCGGUCACCCUGCGGCUGGUCAUCCCGGCCAGCCAGUGUGGCUCCCUCAUCGGGAAGGGGGGGGCCAAGAUAAAGGAGAUCCGAGAGAGCACCGGGGCUCAGAUCCAGGUGGCGGGGGAUUUGCUGCCCAACUCCACCGAGCGAGGGGUGACGAUAUCCGGGAGCCAGGACUCCGUGAUCCAGUGCGUCCGCCUCAUCUGCACGGUGAUCCUGGAGUCUCCCCCGAAGGGCGCGACCAUCCCCUACCGGCCGAGCCCCUCGCCGGCCGCCCUCCUCAUCGCAGGGAACCAGGUGUACGAGGCGUCAGACUUUGCACCCCACCCUCUGUACUCCGUCAGCCAGGCCGGCCUGGACCUCCAGCAGGCCUACACUUUGCAGAACCAAUAUGGCAUUCCACACUCAGAGAUGGUGAAGCUGCAUCAGCUGUCCAUGCAGCAUCAGCAUCAGCAGCAGCAGCAGCAGCAGCACCAGGCUCUCGGCCCGAUGGCCCAGCCGGCCUCCUCCAUCAUGCCCGGGAUGGACUCCAACACGCAGACGUCUCAGGAGCUGCUCAUCCCCAACGAUCUGAUUGGCUCCAUCAUUGGCCGUCAGGGCAGUAAGAUCAAUGAGAUCCGCCAGGUGUCGGGCGCUCAGAUAAAGAUCGGCAGCCAGCUGGACGGGACGAGCGAGCGUCAUGUGACCAUCGUGGGGACGCCGGUCAGCAUCAACCUGGCCCAGUACCUCAUCACCUCCUGUUUAGAGACGGCCAAGUCCACGGCCCAGGCCGUCAACAUGGCGUCUCCGGUGGACCUCAACAUGGCCUUCGCCCAGCCGGCCUCCUCCUCCUCCCCCGGCGCCGCCGCCGCCAUCUCCCCCGGACCCACCAUGGCCCACAUGCUGGGCAACCCGUACGGCGCCAUGCCCCUCUCCGGCCUGCUGGGGGUGAAGUCCGUCCCCUUUCUGACUCUGUCCGGCGGGCCCGGCAUGGCGGCGGCGGCGGCGCCCUCCCACGCCGCCCUGGCCGCCUACACCACCAAGAUCUCCUCGGCCAACUGCAUCAAGAAGCCGGAGAGGCAGAAGUUCUCUCCUUACUGACGAGCUGGAAGGGGGAGGAGUCAGCAGUCAGGUGACGGAUGGCUGCGGCGUCCUCCAAGAACAAAGAAAGACGCCGUUGACUUUUUUUUAUUUCUACGACGCCGCGACAGAGAAGAGACCAACGCACGCCGCGCACACCGGAUUUUACGGUUAUAGACCUUUUUUCUUUUCUUUUUUCCCCCGUGUAAAGAAUGGACGGCUUUCACUUUCAUCGUUUAUUGAUUACACAAAAAAUAAAAAAUUAAAAAAUGUAUUAAAUAAAAUAAAAGGUCUGAAACCGUCACCGAGAGGCUCGGGCUGAAAUGUCAGUGUUCAGCACACACACACACGCACACUCACACACACACACACUCACACACACACACACUCACACACACACAGCCUCUCGGGGGGGGGGCCUCAGACGACUUGAUGCUCUCCUGUUUGAUGCUUUUAUACCACGUCUAUGUUCGCCUCUUCAAGUUUUUAAGAACAUUUGUAAAUGUCUCGGGGGGGGAGGGGGGUUGUUUUUUAUAAUCUGUGUUUCGUCUUUACUCUUCAGCCUUUCUUCCUUUUGUUGGGUUUUAUUUUGAAUGUGCAUCUCGGUUAAUCUUUAUUUAUUAUUAUAGUAUUGUUUCAUUUAUUAAAAAUCUUUUGUUUCCUGA